AUGGCUAUAUUCGUCUCAAUCAAAGUUCAUUUCCAAGGUGUGUUCAUCAACAAACCUUUUUGCUACUCUGAUGGUAUUCAACAUGUGUUCGAGAAUAUUGAUAUUGUUGGUAUGUCUUGUACUGAAUUUGUGGGUGUUCUUGAACGAUUCACACAAGAGAAGUGUGAGAAGCUUUAUUAUUGUCAACCUGAUUUAGAAAUCCCAAAAAGUUUAACCUUGAUUUCUAAUGAACUUCGAUAUCAAGAGUUUAUAGACAUUGCUUAUCGGUGUGGAGUACAACUACUUGUUUACAUGGACCGUUUUGGUACUACUGUGCACGUAGCUAAGGAAAAUGAAAAUUGA